CAGAAAAACACAGCCUCAAAAGGUAGCACAAAAUUAGAUAAGGCUGGAGCUUCGAGGGCAGCUUACAUAUCUAUUGAAAAGAUUUGUAAAAGCAGAGGACAGGCUUUCAAAUUUGAGCAGUUGCCCGGACAUUUGAGAUUGUGGGAAUGCCUACGCUAAAUCUGUCAACCAAUGUACCUGUGGAUGGGGUGGUGAGCUCAGACAUCCUCAAAGACUGCAGCAAGACUGUGGCUAGGGUCAUUGGCAAGCCUGAAUCUUAUGUGAUGGUGUUGCUGAAAGGAGGAGUACCUAUUUCAUUCGGUGGUACUGAGGAACCAGCUGCAUAUGGCGAGCUUGUCUCCAUUGGAGGGCUGGGUCCUUCUGUCAAUGGAAAAAUCAGUGCAGCCAUUGCAGACAUCCUCGAGUCCAAGCUCUCCGUCGACAAGUCAAGGUUUUAUAUCAAGUUUUAUGACGUGCAGGUUUUGAAUAGCCCUACUAGUUGCACAAACUCAUACUCACAUUUGGGAAGCUCUUCAAAUAAGCAAGCCUGUAGUUUGCAAAUUCUGACAAGUUUCUUCGGAAUCGUCAACAGAGCCCAUCACCAAACGAGCGAAAACACUGGAUCCUACUUUGGUUUCAGAGGCUCUACAUUUUAGGUUUGAAGGCCAUAGUUAUUAUCAUUUUUAUUUCACAUCUUGAAGGAGGAUAUAAUAAAUGAUUGUAAAUCAAAUGUAUGUAGUGUUGAGAAUUUUGUAGAUAGUUUAUCAUUCCAGAUCUUCUAUUGAUUUUUGGUGACUAAUUUCUGUGUGGAGCAGAGGGAUUGUUCUAAGAAUUCCAGAAAAUCUAAAGUUAGAGGUGCAGCAAGGUUAAUCUGGACUGGAUAUUGAGUGCAAGUUUUGGCUCAUUAACAGCCAAAUUAUUACUAGGAUUAAUGCCAUAAACACCUUUUUUGGUCAAUUAAUAUUUCUGCACUAUGCUCUUAUUGUAAUUAUUUUGAUCAAUAAGUCACAUUCUAUAUUGUUCUAAUAAAUCUAAGAUUUAAAUCAGAAAGCUUUCUUAUUUUGCA